CAGUAUCUUGCAAGUAGUAAAUGUGGCCAGUACGUUGACAUUGGAAUUCUAGCAUCUGAUUUGCAGAAAACCUACAGUGCAGAAUAUGGACGAAGAAAAAGAAAUGCUUUUAGAAUACAAGUUGAAAAAGUGUUUGGAAUAAUCAGUAAUGAAAAAGAAUGCGAAGAUUUAGCAGUUUUAGAAGCUGAACAUGUGGCAAAAAGAGCAAGACAACAAGAGAAAAAUGCGUAAUAAGAGACUGCAGGAAGUGCCACAGAUGUCUCUGAUUAUGAUGAUUAUCCAGAAGAUCUAUCUACAAAUCAUAUGAACAGUUCCCUGCUGAGCUUAUACAAGAAAGGAAAUCCCGAUUCUGUACCAACCACUCCAAAAGAUGACCCAAUGGAAACCCCCCCUCCUGUGCGAACACCUCCUCAGACACGCACCCUCUCACCAGGAACAAGAGUUGAAACGCGCAUCUCUGAAGCGGGCUGGUUCAUUGAUAAAACUCCGUGUGAAAAACGCUUUUUCAUUGACCUUUCUGAGGAUGGAGAAGGAGAUGAGAAGAAACUGAUUUCUGAGAAAUCAACAGAAUUCUCUGUCUUGGAGAGUGAAAGAAAGAAGACAAAGGGUAAGAGAGCAAAAAGGAAAAAAGAAGAAUUUCCAGAUGUAGAUGGAGAAAUUGAUUCCAUCUUACUUAAAGAGAAAGUUAGAAGUAAGAGACCAGAGCUUUACCAUCCUUCAGUGAAGUUUGAGGAUGUAGGAGGCAAUGAUGAAACUUUAAAGGAAAUAUGCCAGAUGCUCAUUCAUGUCCGUCAUCCCGAAGUCUAUAACCACUUAGGUGUGGUUCCACCUCGCGGUUUUCUUUUACAUGGACCACCAGGAUGUGGAAAGACACUACUUGCUCAGGCAAUUGCUGGGGAGCUUGAGCUCCCGAUGCUGAGAGUGGCAGCAACGGAGGUGGUGUCUGGAGUGUCAGGGGAAUCUGAGCAGAAACUGAGAGAAUUGUUUGAGCAGGCUGUGUCCAGUGCACCGUGUAUCCUUUUCAUUGACGAGAUUGAUGCAAUCACCCCAAAAAGAGAAGUUGCAUCAAAGGACAUGGAGCGGAGAAUUGUUGCUCAGUUCCUGACUUGUAUGGAUGACUUGAAUAACGUGGCUGCCACUACCCAGGUCCUUGUUAUCGGAGCAACUAACAGACCUGACUCAUUGGACCCCGCACUGAGGCGAGCUGGGAGAUUUGAUCGAGAAAUUUGUUUAGGGAUCCCAGAUGAAGCGGCAAGAGAAAAAAUUCUUCGGACUUUGUGUCGAAAACUUAAACUCCCGGAAUCCUUUGAAUUUCAUCAUUUAGCACGGCUGACUCCAGGUUAUGUAGGUGCUGAUCUCAUGGCACUUUGUCGUGAGGCAGCUAUGUGCACAGUGAACAGGGUCCUCACAAAAUCUGAAAAGCAGAAAAGGAAACACAUACAUGCUGGAGGAAACACAGCUGAAGAAAGCAUGAGAAUAGGAACAGGCAUCCUGGUGGAAGAGGAUACCAAACAAGAUGAAUUGCAGAGACUUUUGGACUUGCUGAAAAAGCAAGACCCCUUGCCUGAGGAGCAGCUGCAGAAGCUGUGCAUUGAGAUGAAUGAUUUUAUUGUUGCACUGUCAUCAGUGCAACCCUCUGCCAAGAGAGAAGGCUUUGUCACAAUUCCUGAUGUGACAUGGGCAGAUAUCGGAGCCCUGGAGGAUGUUCGGGAAGAGCUGACUAUGGCAAUAUUGGCACCUGUGCGAAACCCAGAGCAGUUUAAAGCUCUGGGCCUGACUACUCCAGCUGGUGUCCUGCUUGCAGGGCCUCCGGGGUGUGGCAAAACACUGUUAGCUAAGGCCGUGGCAAAUGAGUCUGGACUGAACUUCAUAUCUGUGAAAGGUCCUGAACUGCUAAAUAUGUAUGUUGGUGAAAGUGAACGUGCUGUACGUCAGGUAUUCCAGCGUGCCAGGAAUUCAGCCCCUUGUGUUAUAUUUUUUGAUGAAGUCGAUGCUUUGUGCCCUCGGAGGUCUGACCGUGAAUCAGGAGCCAGUGUCCGAGUAGUUAACCAGUUACUCACAGAGAUGGAUGGUCUGGAGAAUCGUCAGCAGGUUUUCAUUAUGGCUGCCACAAACAGGCCAGAUAUAAUUGACCCAGCUAUCUUGCGUCCUGGUAGACUGGAUAAAACACUUUAUGUGGGUUUGCCACCACCUGAAGAUCGACUUGCUAUUUUAAAGACCAUCACCAAAGAUGGCACCCGGCCUCCACUAGAUACUGAUGUAAGCCUUGAAGAAAUUGCUUACAGUCAACAUUGUGAUUGUUAUACAGGGGCAGACCUUUCCGCUCUAGUGCGUGAGGCUUCAGUUUGCGCUUUGAGACAGGAAAUGGCCCUGCAGAAUACUAAAAAUAAGAAAGGAGAAAUCAAGAUUUCCCAUAAACACUUCGAAGAAGCUUUUAGGAAAGUGAAAUCUUCAGUAUCAAAAAAGGAUCAAAUAAUAUAUGAAGAACUGCGUCAGUCACUGUGCAGGUGAUACAUUUGGACAAUUCCCAAAAGAGACUUAUUCUACAUUGGUGGAGAGUUUCAUAACACCUGUGCCUGAUUUGAAGAGACAGGUUGGAAAAACACUGUACUAAAUCUCCCUCAGGUUUUUAAACUGUACCUGAAAAAAGGUCAUCAUAACCUACUGCUCUAAACAAUCCUUAAUUAAACUAUUUCCAGAAUAAAAGAUACAAUACAUGCUUCCUGCUUAUCACCA